AUAGAGAGGGGGGAGAGAAGAGAAUUAAUUUGAAAGCAAAAACACCUCCUUUCUGCGCAAUAAUUUAACAGUCAAGACUCCAUUUUUCAAAACUAAAUCCGAUUACAGUCACAGUAGAUUGAGUUUUUGUUUCUCUCUAACCUCAAUCCUUUUCCCCAUUCCCAUCCAACUUUCUUGGGCUUCAAUUUUGUUUGAUGUCCCUUUUGUCGGGUGGCAUUGUUGCAAGAUUCUGCAUUUUUUUUGGGUGAAAAAGGAACCCUAAGUUGAGAAAGUUCAGAUCUUUAUUGAUUACUUUUGUCAAGAUCAAUUUUUGGAAUCUGGGCUUUGCUUGAAUCUGUGAUGGGUUGGAGAUAUAGAGGUGGUCUGAUUUUAAUUGCUACUGUUGUCGUUAUUUGGGUUGCUUCUGCAGAGGUUACACAGGAUAUUUUCACAGACUAUAAGCAGCCAUUUGCUGUGACAUACCUUGGAGCUUCUUUAAUGGUGAUUUACAUACCUAUAGCAUUCAUCAAAGAUUGGUUGUGUAGUAUCCUCAAGAAACCUAGCAAAAUGGGCGACAACGUUUGCCCCGGUUUAGGCUCUGCACACGAGAUCUUCGAAAUCGAAAUUCAAGGGCACAUUAGCAGGAAAGACAGUGAGAUAGACCUUGAUGAGGGGAAGCCCUUGGUCUCCGUAGAUGAUUCUAGAAGUAUCAAACCCGAGAAAGAAAUCACAGCCAAAGAAAUCGCCACUUACGGAUUCUAUCUUGCCCCUCUUUGGUUCAUCACUGAGUAUUUCUCCAAUGCUGCUCUUGCACGCACGAGUGUUGCAAGUACUACCGUCUUGUCGUCCACCUCAGGGCUGUUUACGCUCUUCUUUGGGGCGUUCUUGGGCCAAGACGCGUUGAAUUUCGCCAAGAUAGUUGCUGUGUUUGUCAGCAUUGGUGGUGUUGUGAUGACUACCCUAGGAAAAACUUGGGCUGCUGAUGAGUCCGAGCUAAAUAUGUCUUCAAGUAGCAAACGCUCUCUUUCCGGGGAUGUAUUUGGGCUUCUGUCAGCUAUGACUUACGGUUUAUUUACUGUGCUGCUGAAGAAGUUUUCUGGUGAGGAGGGAGAGAGGGUCGACGUGCAGAAGCUGUUUGGCUACAUUGGCCUAUUCACGCUCGUGGCUCUUUGGUGGCUUGUGUGGCCGUUGACAGCUUUAGGUAUAGAACCCAAAUUCACCAUCCCUCAUUCUGCUAAGAUGGAUGAGGUUGUUAUUGCUAACGGGCUCGUUGGGAGCGUUCUUUCGGAUUAUUUUUGGGCAUUGUGUGUUGUCUGGACAACGCCACUCGUGGCCACCUUGGGCAUGUCUCUUACCAUUCCGCUCGCCAUGGUGGCCGACAUGAUGAUUCACGGACGGCAUUACUCGGCCAUCUAUGUCCUUGGCUCAAUUCAGGUGUUUGCGGGAUUCGUGAUAGCGAAUCUAUCCGAUAGACUCUCGAAGAUCUUGGGUUGGUAGCGCCUGCUCGAAUACGAGUAUCGGAGAUGAAACACGGAAAAUCUUCUAACGAACCAGUAGCAACAUAGAUUGUAUAUUUGUCACAACAAUUUCAUGAUCAUCGUGAUAUAUUCAUUUCUUGAUUUUUUUGCCAUUGAUUUAGAUAAUUUUGUGUACACAUACCAUUCAUUAUAUGUAGUCAUUGUGUUGAUAGCUAACUUUGGGAUCAAAUUUUUUGCAAUUCAAGUACUCGUCUGCAGUCUGAUUUUUUCA